AUGCCGGAGGAGGGUUGUCGAAGGAAUGAGGUUUCGUUUACUAAUCUUAUUCAUGGUUUUUGUGAAGCUGGGAAGGUUGAUGAGGCUCUUGAGUUGUUCUUUCGGAUGAAGGAGGAUGGUUGUUUUCCAACUGUUCGGACUUAUACGGUUCUUGUGGAUGCAUUGUGCGAGUUGGGGAAGGAGGCGGAAGCUCUGAAGUUUUUUGAGGAGAUGGUGGAAAGAGGUUGUGUGCCUAAUGUUUAUACUUAUACUGUGUUGAUUGAUUAUUUCUGCAAGGCUGGUAAGAUGGAAGACGGGAUGAAGAUAUUGAAAACAAUGUUGGAGAAAGGGUUGGUUUCUAGUGCUGUUCCGUUUAAUGCUUUGAUUGCUGGGUAUUGUAAACAGGCAACGAUGGAGGAUGCCGUUGGUGUUUUGGAUUUGAUGAAGUUGAAUAAAGUUUGCCCAAAUGAUCGGACUUAUAAUGAACUGAUUUGUGGGUUUUGUGGAAGAAAAAGCAUGGACAGGGCGAUGGCGUUGGUUAAUAGAAUGUUUGAAAACAAAUGGUCGCCCAACCUUAUCACAUAUAACACCUUAAUCCAUGGGCUGUGUAAUGCAGGCAUGGUCGAUAGUGCUUGGCGGCUGCAUCAUUUGAUGAUUGAAGAUGGCUUUGUUCCUGAUCAGAGGACUUUUUGUGCUUUUAUAGACUGCCUCAGUAGAAUGGGAAAAGUAGAACAAGCACGUCAGGUCUUUGAGUCCCUCAAGGAAAAACAUGUUGAAGCAAAUGAAUUCAUAUAUACAGCCUUGAUUGAUGGCUACUGCAAGGCUGAGAAAUUUGAUGAUGCUCGGUUAUUAUUCAAAAAGAUGCUUGCUGAGGGAUGUUUGCCGAACUCUAUUACGUUCAAUGUCUUGUUAGACAGCUUGCGCAAAGAGGGGAAAGUGGAAGAGGCAAUAUUGUUUGUGGAUGACAUGGGAAAGUUUAAUCUGAAACCUACUGUUUAUACAUAUACAAUUCUCAUUGAGGAAAUAUUGAGGGUAGGUGACUUCUACCGCGCUAAUAGAUUUCUCGACCAAAUGAUUUCAUCUGGAUGUCAGCCUAAUGUGGUCACAUAUACUGCUUUUAUUAAAGCAUAUUGCAGCCAAGGAAGAUUACAGGAUGCUGAAGAGAUGGUGGUCAAGAUUAAAGAAGAAGGCAUAGUACCCGACUGCAUGGUCUAUAAUUUAUUAAUGAAUGCUUAUGGAUGUAUAGGACAACUAGACAAUGCAUUUGUUGUUCUCAAACGCAUGUUUGAUACAGGUUGUGAGCCUUCGCGUCAAACACAUUCCAUUCUAAUGAAGCAUCUAAUUGUUGAAAAACAUAAUAUUUCAGUUCAUAUUACCGAUAUAUGGAAGAUAACUGAUUUUGAAAUCAUAACCAUGCUUUUUGAGAAAAUGGUGGAACAUGGCUGUGUGCCUAAUGUUAACACUUACAACAAGCUUAUUGUAGGACUUUGCAAAGUGGAACACUUGUCGAUAGCCUUUAGGUUGUUAAACCAUAUGAGAGAAAAUGGAAUAUCUCCAUCUGAAAUUAUUCAUAAUUCUCUUCUAAGUGGUUGCUGCAAGUUGGGAAUGCACGAAGAAGCAUUGAGAUUGCUGGAUUCUAUGAUGGAGUGUAAUCAUUUAGCACAUCUAGAAUCCUAUAAGCUUCUCAUUUGUCGGCUAUUUGAACAGAGUAACAAAGAGAAGGCUGAAGCAAUUUUUCAUAGAUUACUAAGCUGUGGGUAUAAUUAUGACGAAGUGGUUUGGAAAGUCCUAAUUGAUGGUCUAGCUAAGAAAGGUUAUGUUGAUGAGUGCUCACAAUUGCGGAACAUUAUGGAGAAAAAUGGUUGUCGUUCACAUUCCAAGACGCAAACUAUGUUAACCCGGGAACUGAAUGGAACUUAA